GGAGACUCGGGUGAGGUGGUGGAUGCUAGCCCAGCCGGGCGUAGUCCAGCGCGUGGUUCUCGAGACGGGAGGGAAAUAAGUGGCGCGGAUGAGCGAAUUGGAGACGCGCAGGGCCACUUGGGAGGAUGGGCACUAUGACCAAAAAGGGAGUGGGCUCGUCCUUGGCGCAGUGGAGCCACUUUUCGCGUGGUCGGUUUGGCUUUUUGCUCCGUCUGGCACUCUCUCGGGCUGGGCACAGAGGCUUAGGCCCUAAGGCUCAGGCUAAGCAUGGGGUCACAUGGAUGACAUCGUCCCUCGGGGCCAGUCCGUGGGGGACAAAUCUGUUUCGUCCACUCAGCACCGUACCCUGCCCGUGCAGGGCACCGCGGGUGGGCGGCCCGUCGACUAUAACCAACCCUGACAUCCAUGUGACGAUAUUCACGGACGUGACAGGACAGGAUCGGCAUUGGGGUGCAUACGACAUGCUGAAGCUGGGCAGCCUUUACCCCGCGGGAACCCCGACUGUCCAGGCCAGCGCAUACGAUUACCCCGAGCGGCGGCUGCGACGAGGAGGUGACAGCGGGAGAACUUACUGGAUCGAGUAAAGGAGGCGGUCUGACGGGUUGAGCAGACAGGUUCUGCCGUGGGAUCGGGCAUGGACCGGGGAUGUCCGGGUUGGCCGUAGGACAGCCAAGGCGUUUAGUCAUAGCGGCUGCGGUGUUGCUGGGCUGUGAUGGAAAGCUGGUGAGUGAUGAGGGAUUGGUAAAAGGCAGCGAUCAGAGUCCGGAGGGAAUUGCGGGGUCGGUUCGCUUGUUGUGCCUCGGGUGGCGGUGGAGACCAAUCAGGGCCGUCGGUUGGCCCGA